CAAGUGGCUUGUUUGGAGUUUCCCUUCUUCGCAAACGGGUUUUGUUUUUGUUUUCCAUGAUUCUCAGCGCGUCCUCCAUUGUUGUAAUCUCAUCGUAAUGGGAAGAUCGCGGGUUUCUCUCUAAGAUGGCAGGUCAUGUUACCAGAUCAAAAAGACUGGAGGCUCAGCAGCAGGAACAGUCGAGGGCAAGGUGGACGACGCCACUCACCAAGAUACUUGCAGAGCUGAUGGUUGAUCAAGUACAAAAAGGGAACAAACACAACAACUUAUUCAACAAGAAAGCAUGGAAAUAUAUUUGUGAUGGAUUUUACAACAAAACAGGCUUGAAAUGGGACAAGGAACAACUCAAGAACAGAUAUUCAGUGUUGAGGAGGCAGUAUUCUACUGUGAAAUCCAUUCUUGAUCAAAGUGAUUUUAGUUGGAAUGAAGCCACAGGGUCUAUAACUGCCAUUGAUGAAACUUGGGCUGAAUACAUCAAGAAACAUGCUGAUGCUGAGACACUAAGAACCAGUGGCUGCCCAAUCUUCAAAGAACUAUGCACAAUAUUCUCUGAGCCAGCAACUAAUGGCAAGCAUGAGCUUUUAACUGUAUCCGAGGUUGAUCAUACUCCUAGACCUCUUUGUCCACAGCCCUUGAGGAUGCAUCAAGAAGAGUCUUUGUCCGGAUCACAGGAUGAGGAUGAUGCUAAUGAUCCUGAAACACCUCAACCUAGCACACCUGCUGCUGCAGCAACUUCCAACCGCAAAAGAGGGCGAAAAGGAAUGAACGAUGCCAUCACAGAAGCAAUAUUGGAGAUGGCUGCAGCUUCAAAGAUGAGGGCAACUGCCAUAGAGCAAUAUAAUGCUAGAUAUAGUAUGGCUGACUGUAUUAAGGACUUGGAUUUGAUGCAAGGUGUUGAUCAACAACUAUAUUUUGCCGCUUUAGAUCUCUUCAGCAAACCUAUUUUAAGGGAGAUCUUUUUGUCUCUCAAAGACGAUAAAAGAUUAACAUGGUUGCGUAGCAAAUGUGCUAAUGCAUCCAAUAGGAAAUGACUACUUUGAUCACAGCUUAAUCCUAGGUGUUACAAAAUUAUAAACAGUUUGAUCACAAUAUUGCUGAUCUUUUAGUGUUAAUAUAUUAAAGUUUGCAUGACCAAAA